AUGGCUUCCCGCUCUCCCAUCAGUGCCUUCAGUGGCCGCGAGGGACAUGAGAGAGAACCCAGAGUCCAGUUACCAUAUCCAGAAAUCAAUCGUGAGCCAGUCCCGCCGGCGCCUGCACCACUUGAUAUUGGAACCACCCUUCCUCGAAGCUUAGACGACAUUAUGCUUGCCCAGACAGAAAUAGAUGAAAUAUUUGCGUUGUACUUUCAACAUUAUGCAAGACAUCUUCCGUUCCUUGAUUUCGCUCGUUCAGAGUCUCCAAACUCAUUUUAUGAUCAAUCACCACUGCUCUUUUGGGCAAUAAUAACUGCUGGGGCGCGUCGUUAUCAGCGAAACCCCUCACUUCUAGGUUCUCUCGCUACCCCGUUGCUGAAACUAGGUUGGUCCUCUAUGCAAAUUUCCGCAGCUGUGAUCCCGAAUAUCCAAGGCCUUCUUAUACUCUCAACAUGGCCAUUCCCGACCAACACAACAAGUAAAGAUAACACCUUUACUCUCAGCGGUAUGGCUGUCAACCUCGCUUUGCAAAUUGGUCUACAUGUUCCGUUGCAAGGACAAGAGUACUCAAGAACUAGGGUGGACUUGAGCAGUGAAGGUCUUGCAAGAAGAGUUCAACUGUGGUCUUAUUGUGUAGUUGUCCAUCAAAAAGCAGCAUGUGGCUUAGGUUACCCCAUAACUCUUCCGCUGGAUCUUUUCCAAAAGAAGAUCGAUGUGUCAGGCUUGACCAAUCUUGCGCCUCGCUCUUUAACCCUUGAGGUUCGUUUGGCGUCAAUAGUCGGUCGAAUCAACAGCGUUUUCUCGGAAUUCAACUUUGAUAAUCUAGGUCAACAAGCACAGGUCGCUCCUACCAUGAUGCUAGACGUUUUCGAAGCUCAACUGAGUGAGAUUGAAUCAGACAAUACGGACCUGACAGACUUGGAAUGCCUCUACCUCCAAAUCGCACGAUUACAACUCAGAAUCUACUACCUCCGCUGCCCCGAAAACGAAACCUUCCCCCUCAAUCUUGCCAAACUUUACACCACCGCUACAGGCAUCAUAAACCUAGUCUCUACAAUAGACACCCGCACCUCCAACUUCGCAACAUAUGUUCCCCAUCAUGUCUAUCGCAUGAUGACAUUGGCCGCCGCUGCCGUCUUGCGCGUUCUGAAAACCACAUUAUCCGAAAAACUCCAAGAACGCGAGAGCGGUAAAGCAGCAUUUUUCACAGCAAUAGCCCUGUUGCGAAAGAUGAGUGUGUACAAUAACGACAUGCCAAGUCGAAUGCAGGGCAUCUUCUCGCAGUUAUGGGAAAGCGAGCGAGCCUUUAAACCAGAUGAGGGAAGCCGAGGUAGUACAGCGCUAAGAAUUCAAAGCCGAUUAAGUAUGAGUCUAUUACACGACACGAUGUGGUGGUGGAGAGAAGAAUUUGGCGGCGUCCAGGAAACUAAACCUAAACCUACUAAAGACUCCCUAAACCCACCAACUCCGUCUAAACCACCUCCAACUUCAAACCAACAGAACAUACCCAUCACCCCUCUCCCCCUCCUCGAAGGCACAGCUCUACCCGGACCCGCGGAUAUUAAUCUAGAUCCGAAUGUUCCACUCGAUAAUAUAUUCCUGAAUGAUGAAUCGCUGGAUUUCCUGUGGGCACAGCCGGAUCAUGGGUUCGAGAGUAUGGUGGAGCUGUUUCCGGAUUCAUGGCCUUUGUAG